AUUUGCAUACUUAGCACGUUCACUCUAUCUUCUCUUCUCAAAGAACUUCAUCCAAAGAGCAAAAGGGCCGAAGUAGGUCCGCACUCUUUUCAGGAACGAAUGCAGGAUAGACUAGAAGAAAAAGAGAAAAAGCAAUGCUAGAUAAGAUAUAAGGCAUAGCUUCCCCGUUACUACCUCUCACUCCGAACAUCACCCCCUCCUCCUCCCUAUUGGCAUCAUGUUGGGUUCUCUUACUUUGGCCGCUUCUUUGGCCGCUUUGCCUUCCUUUAUCAUCGCUUCUCCCAACUCUUUCCCAAGUCCUUCGGAUGGCUUCAGCUGUGCAAAAGCCAUCGGUCAAGUUUCAUGUCAUGCAACUUCUCCCGUCAAUCCAGACUCAUACGGAACAUGUUGCUACAACGGUGCUUUGGCACCUGGCAACAAAGAAAGUGGUUUAGUUCUAUCAACUCAAUUCUACAACUUGACAACCGGACCUCCGGACAGUUUCACAAUUCAUGGUUUGUGGCCCGAUUACUGUGAUGGUACUUAUCCACAAUUUUGCUCAGCUCAAUCUGGUAUUCCAGAAAAGAGUGGAGAACAAAUUGAAGCUUUGAUUCAAGAAUACGAUCCUUCUUUGUUAGCUUACAUGCGUACUUACUACGAGAAUGAACCUUCAUUCUGGGAGCACGAAUAUAACAAACAUGGAACUUGUUUCUCAACUUUACGUGCAAAAUGUCAAUUGGACCUUUCACCUUACAUUAACCAAACUUCAGCUGCUGUUGUGGGUUACUUCCAACAAAUCGUUCAUGAAUUCAAACAAUUGCCUUCUUACGAUUGGCUGGCACAAGCAGGUAUCACACCCGAUUCAACAAAAACAUACAAGCUGAUCGACAUUCAAAACGCUUUGGCCAAAAAACAUGGUGGUGUCCCUUACGUUGGAUGCUACAACGGAGUUCUUUCUGAAAUUUGGUAUUUCUUCAACGUUCGAGGACCACUCAUCCAUGGACAAUACCUACCAGUCGAAUCCACCACAAAUUCUUCUUGCCCUGCAGACGUUUCUUACCCAGCACCAAAAAAGACAGUCUAAGAGCAACGAAUAUUUGCAUGAACAAUGAAAUUGGUAUAGAUUGUAUACAACUUGCCGAUCAAGCGACCAUCUUUCGCUUUCUGGCUACAUUCUGUUCCAAUCUCUGUUUGACGGUUUCCUCGUCCAAAUCGAAACCAUCUCGCAUAUACAUAUCAUCUGUUCUCUUUUCAAUCAAUUUGCUUUUGACGAAUUGCAAACCGGCUAAAUUGUAACCUAUGGUCAUCUUUUGACGUUGUAAUGAAGCACGUAAAUGACGUCGUAAACUUUGCAAUGUCGUUCGCAUGAUUCGAUUAGAAACGAUUUGACCAUGAUAAUUGCGUAAAAGGAAGAAUAAAAUUCUAGCCACUAAAGUCAUAUUCCAUUCUUUGCUUGCCCA